AUGUCGCUCGCAGUUUGCAUGUCGCCAAACCGGGCGGCACACUGCGCAUCCGAAAGUCCAUUUGGGAAUCCUGCUGGCAUAGGGAGCAUUGGGUGUCUUCCACCUACGUCAGUCCCAACUGGCGCGGCGCAAGAGACAAAAACUGUCCUCGACAGGACACCGGUCGAGGUUUUAGUGGAAGUGUUUCAGCAUCUGGACAUGACGUCCGCCUUCAGCCUGGCUGCUACGAACAAGCGGUUCUCCGGUAUAUUUGCAGAAAAUCGAACCUCAAUCGUGCUACGGAUAGCUCAGGAGGAAUUCAGCCCAUUCGACAGUCUACUUCAGGUUGUCAAGGCAUCACCCGCCGAUCUGAUGAUCCCGUGGGGUACGUGGCUGGACAAACGUAUUCGCCGCCAAAACACAGUUCUCAGUCCGGGUGGCACGCUUCCGAGGCACUGCCCAGGCCAUACCGCCGCCAUAAAAAUCUCGUGCGCAGAAGCAAGGGUUGAGAAGUCUGACAUCAAUCGACUUCUUUCGAUUUGCCGUACCGUGCGAGGCUGGGAACGCAUUUUCCCACAGCACCGCUUCAAUGCGUCGCCGCUGAUGACACGGAGCCUGACAUCGCGGGAAAAUUUUCGCCUGCGCCGGGCCCUCUAUCACUGGAUGCGCUACGCAUAUUAUUUCCACGGGGACCUGGUGCGCCCCAACGUCUUCGUCCCGUCGGGAAGAGACAUCCGUAUCAACCAGCUCCGUUCAUUGUCAAACAGCGAACUAGGCGAACUCAAGGAUCUUUGGCGUACAGUUGAGGAUAUCAUUGAGCUGACGAUGUGUCCGUCGAUUGCGAAUGUACGCAUCGGUGCUGAUUUUGAGCUCUCCGAGAAGGAUGCCGCGCGUAUUGGCUGGGGUGAGCAGCGCGAGAACCGCAUCGUCGUUGCUACUAUGAGCAAGUUGUCUCCCGAUGAGCUGCUCUACUACAUGGAGAAUAGUCACAAGUUUACCAAGCUACGCCUGAUCCAAGAUAUCCGUCAACGCCACCCGCAUUUUGAGUUUGACACGGAGAGCCUCACUAUUGCUCUGUCCUGUGUGAUCCACGAACGCUGGCGCAGAAUGCAGACGGAGUUUCCCGCAAUGACGCAGCCAUCGAGCGGCACCCUUUGCCUGCCAGUGUACACGCGGAUGAUGGGCCAGUGCCACGGCGGCAUUCUCGACUGGGAUGAUCCGGCAAUGGAGGCCUACUGCGCGCGUAUCGGUGAAAUGAUAGGUCUCAACCUCGACUGGCGCCCAGAAGAGUCCUUCUUUCGUUCACGUCCCGAGAUCCCUACAGGCCUCCUGAAUCCAUAA